UGUGUCAGUGUUUAUAGAAACGGUGCCGUUGUGUGACAAAUCUAUCGGGAAUUUUUGUGUGUUUGUAACCGAGUGUAGUGCGGGGAUCGCGAUGGCGAAGCUGGUUACCAUAUUAUUGCAGAAAUCAGACCCGGAUUAUCCAUGGGGGUUCGCUCUAGGCUCCCAACCGCCGGCCCAACCCUCCGUCAAAAUAACAUGGGUUGAUAACAGCAGCUUAGCUUCUCAGCAUCUCGAGCUUGGAGAUCGAGUUCUCGAACUUGAUGGAGUGGAUACGACCAUGCUUAGCAAUGCUGAGGUAGAACGGAUAGUCAAAAGCCCGAGCAAAAAGUUAGAAAUGCUUAUAAUGAAGAAGCCGAAAGUGAAGAUCAACCCGUCUGUCUUCGAAGAUCCCCAGGUGCAGUUUAAAAAGACUGAAGAGUCGAAAAAAGUGUCUUACCAAGAGACGCGUGAAAGGACAGAAGAGAAAAAAGGCUAUAUAGAAAAGGACGGCGUUUUUAAAAAUCCCGGAUCGGAGAAAAUGAAAACCGAAAUUUACAGGACGAAUCCGCCAACCGAAGGAGUCGUGAAUCAAACAGGCUGCUUUUCUCAGAGCAUGAUAUUCAAUAACAUCAACAACUAUAAAAAUGAAAAGCGCAAAUUCGAUCCGAGAGAGGAAAAAAGGAAAUUCUGGGAGAGUUGUAGUACAGGGGAACCAGUAAGAAAUAAUGAACAUUUGUCUUUUUACAAAUCUGAUGAUUCAUCCCAAAAGUUUUAUAAAACGGAAGUCUCAGAUUUGAAAAACGCAAAUUUCGAGACGCAAAGGUCGAAAUCUUGCGAACAGGCUGAUGCUAAACAAAAUAACCCGUUUUGUACAAACGAAGCACGCGGAAAAGGAAGAUUUCUUUCUUCUAAUCCAUUUCGUGACAAUCAUCCACCCAUGGGCGAAUCGAUAUCAAAUGAAAAAUUUGUUUCAUCAGAUGGAAACUCUUUCACUUACUACACUUCAGGAUCGAAACAAGCGCCAGAAACAUCUUCAAGGGCUACAGAUAGUUAUAAUUCCCAAAAUGUCUAUGUACACGACAAAAGUUCAACCGAGAAGAAAAAUAAUUUGAAACAGACUGCUCGAGAAACAUCCAGUGAAAAGUUGUCAUCCACAAAUGGUCAAUCCAGCAAAGAUUACUGGUCGAAUUGUACCUAUGAGAACCAUCCAGUUAAUGAUAAAUACCCGUUCCAACCUAAAGAUUUCCACACGAAAGUUUUUGAAAAAACACUACCCGUACCAAUUAGCGCCAAAAAGAAUGCUAAAGACAUCGUCGAGAAGAGAAUAAAAGAAAAAUAUCGCCAAGAAGAAAAUGAAAAAUGUGUUAGGUUUUCCACCAGUCCGACUCUUCUUCGCAAGCCUUCUGAUUUUAUCAAUAAUCGAAACGGGAAGAUGAAAGAAGUGCCGGAGCAAAGCAAUAAACAUAGCGCUUUUGAUACAAGUUCAGGAAGUAGAGAUAAUAAAUCAUCUGUGGAAAACAACGCUAAAUCAUAUCCAUUCGAUGAAUCUGGCAAAAACAGAACAGUAGAAGAGAGUUUGUACAGUAAUUCACAAAAUUUUAAAAAAGGAGCAUCAACGUGCGAUAUAAAAUUGCAAAACGAAAAGGUACAUCACGAGUCAACCUUCCAAGAUACUGAAGAAACAUUUAAAAGUGAAACAUCUUUACCAACGGUUCAAAAGGUAUCUUUUUAUGAUGCCAAGUUUGACGAAUCAUUCAGUCAGGAUAUCGCUGAUGACCGUUCUUCCAAAUGUUUACAGUCCUGUACCCAAGAGGUUAAACGUGUUGAGAAUGAAAAAACCAAAUACGAGCACAUGACUUUUACCAAAUCCACAUACGAAGGGGUGACCCGAAGCUCGAAUGCCCCGUACGAAAGCGUAGAAAAAGCCAGCAGUGAAAAAUACAAAAAGGAUUACAAACCAAUCUCGAGCCUGAUAGAACGUUCCGAAACUCCAUCGAGCUUUUACGAGAAAUGUUUCGUGAAAGUAUACCGCGGUGGGCAAAAUUCCGAAGAAACUUACGAAGAAAUGAAGAUGACGGGAUCGACACAUGAGCAUGCGAAAGACGAAAGAGCGGAUUUAAUCGAGAAAUCAUUUCAGGAGAUGUCGAUGAAGGAGGACCGUUAUGAAGCGGUGUUUCACGAUUAUGCGCGCCAAUCGAGCCAAAUUGCCGCAAGCAAUGGAUCAACAGGAUUUUCAGCAGGAGGUCCGCCCCCACCUCCUCCACCACCUGUUCAAGGAAGCAUACCACCUGUCCGAAUCGCAUCAGAGAUCGGACCCAAAAAGCAUUACGAGCCUCCAGCUGCUAUUCAGAAUGCGAUGAUGACAAAAGACAAAAAGCCGUUCACAUAUACGCCUGGGGGGUUGGACCUAGCUCAGAUCAGGAGUCCCAGAAUGGCGAAAAGGAUCAGCCGAAAUGCUCACAUGGAAGAUAGUUGCACGCCACAAUUACAGCAAAGACCACCUGGAGCACCAACACAGCCCCUGCCACCAUCAGCAUUAGCAGCGAUGCAGCCUCAAAUAGCAAUACCAGUCUUCCCACCUGGGGGCGGAUUUUCAAACACUCCUUCACACGGGCAAUCUUCUCCAUCUUUACCUCCUCCUCCACCAAUGCCUGUUUCACCUGAGCACUCUGGAUUUCCUCCUCCCCCACCAUUGCCAGCUUUUAACACUAACAGUGAUGAUGCUCCAGAUUUCCCCCCGCCACCUCCACCAUUGCAAAAUCCAGGAACUCCAGGCACACCUUCAUUCACUGGAGCUAUGAAUUUUCCACCACCUCCUCCUCCAUUGCCUGAAGCAAAUACAUCAUACCAAAACACUCAGGCUAAUUAUGGUCAGAAUGGAAGUGGUCCUAAGAACGGAAACAGAUCUCCUCCAAGUUAUCUCAAUGAUAUCCAAAAUCGCCCUGCUUUAAGAUCUGUAGGACCUGCCAACCAAUAUAGACCACCUCCGAGUGAUUUUGUGGCUGAGAUUCCAUGUCAUGCACCGCUUAGACCGACAAACCAACCUCCAAAAUCAUCUUUUGACCCAAAUAACACUCAAGCUUCAAUUCAAGUACAAUUGAAACCAGUUUCACCAAAACCAGUUCCUGUUUCAAACUGCGGCCCACCUUACAUCCCUGUACAGCCAGUUUACAUCCAACCCAAACCAGCAGAAGUCCUUUUUGACAAUAAACAGCAACCAGCUUAUGAGCCAUCACAUCACACAGUAGUCAUCCCAGUGCAAAACACAAAGCCCACCCCAUUGCAGAUGCCAACAAACCAACAACCGCCAACACCACCAAAACAAAUGCCACCGACACCAGGAAGUGCAACAAAGUCACCUGCACCUUGGAUGACCAGUCGUCAACAAUCUAAAGAAUCUCCACCACCAUGGGCUAUCAGACAAAACCAAGUUGAAUCUCCACAACCACAAAAUCUAUCUCAACAACAACCAACUGGUUCUGUAACUAGAGUCAUACCAAUCCAAAUUGAAGGUAGGGAACCACAACCGACUUCUCAACCUCAACCGACUUAUCAACCACAGCAGCCCAGUCAUCAACAGUACCAAUCUCCUGUUUAUCAGCAGCAAUCACCUUCUCCAGUUUAUCAACAAGUACCAAAUUUUCAACAGCAAGGGGCUCCAAUGACACAAGAACAAGUUAAAACUAGAAUAAUUCCAAUUCAAAUUGAAGGAGCUGAAUCACCUAGAAAUUAUUCUUCACAACAGUCUGUACCAAACCAAAACUCUCCCCAUUCAGAUAAUUUGCAGAGAACAACAAGUGUAGACGGAAGUAGACAGUUGCAAAGUCAAAACAGUUGGAGUCAAGGAACCUCUAAUCCUAUUCAGUCCAGAUCCUUUAGAGUUUUGCAAAAGAUAACUGGUUCUGACGAAGAAGCUACUGGCCCAUUUCAAAAUCCUGGUGCAGAAACAUUUCUAGUCAAUAGGGUUUUCCCUCCUCAAGCUACAGCUCCAGUGGGUGCAGAUAAUAAUAUGUGUUGGGAUCCUAAUACACCUCCUCCAUACUACCCCAAUCCCAAUUAUUGGUACUACCCUCCAAAAAAUCCAGAGGAACAGCAAAAAUUUUGGGAACAUUAUAAUGCCAUGUGUGCAUACAUGGCUCAGAUGAAUGCCGCUGCAAUUAGAUAUAGUCCGUAUCCCAUGUAUCCAUACGUACCCACCUACCCCAGCGAUUCAGAAGAAUACUCUGGCUAUUCUUCGAGCGAUGAAAUGUCCUAUUAUGGUCACAUGUUUAAAAAACAAGCUGAAUUGCAAGCGGCGGCUCAAAAACAAUAUUACGAUGCCCAACUUGCAGCUCAAAAUCAGCAGCAAUUACCGACCCCUCAAAAUGUCCAGUCAGCUGAGCAAAACAGUAAAGAUGACAAUAAUAGAGAAUCUGAUAAUUCGCCGGAACAAAAUGAAAAUUCUGAUGAAUCUGACACUGAUACAGAAGUGGAAGAAGAGUGCAAACCGAUUGCGCUUCAAAGUAUUAAGUCAGUACCAAAUCUAAAUGUGUAUAUUUCCCAGAGUCCCGAUUCAAGUUCUGAAGAAAGUGAUUUGGAAGAACUUGAAGAGGAAGAAUCAGAUUCUGAACUUCCUCAUCAACUGAGUGUUAUAUUUGAAGAGAGUGAGCAUUCGAGUGAUGCAGAAAGCUUUAAGAAGCAUGCAAUAAAGAAAGAAAUUGAUGAAAGUGACGCAGGUAGUUCACCAUCAACCCUGAACAAUAAUGAGGAAGAUGAUGAUUCCCCUGUUGUUGUUCGUUUACCUUUGCAAUUCAAAAUCAGUAGAUCAGAAAAUGAUGAAGAAGUAACCACUGUGAUAGUAGGAAACAGUGAAGUCAAUGCUAAUUCGGAGGAAAAGGAAGGAAAUUCAGAUAAUUUAAUCAUUACUGAAAUAAUAAAAGAGAAUAGCGAUCCAGACGUAACUGCGACCAUUAAUUUAAAUUUGUUGAAGAGAAAAUCAAUGCAAAAAGAUGUCUCAGAAGUGACAAUGACAGGAAGUGAAAAAAGUGAUUCGGAAUCGCCUACAGACUUUUGGAGAGAUAUACAUGAUAAAGAAACAGAUAUUGCAAAAUCUCCUAAUACGGUCAAUGAAACACAAUCUCUGAUAUCUGAAGAUGAUUCAAAACACGAAGAAAGCGACUAUCACUGGGAAGACGAUUCUAGCAGCACAAGCAUUCAGACUGUGAAAAAAGGGUUAUCAGAAAGUGAAAAUUUCAGUGGAAGUGAAGUCGAAGUUCCAUCGAAUGUUGAAGAGAAUGAAAAUGCUGAAGAUGAAGAAGCGGAAACGUGUGAUGAAGAAAAACAUGAGACUGAAACAUUACUUCCUAAAAGCAAUGAUUCUUCUAAUGAAACAAGUAGUAGUGAAGAAGAGACUGAUAACUCUGAUGAGGAUAGUAGCGAUUCAAGUUCAGAUAAUGAAGAAAGUGAUGUCGAAAAAGAAAAAAGCACUGAAGAAAAAGCUGAACCUUGUCAGAACUCAGAAAUACAGACUAAGUGCAAAUUGGAAAAAUUGACAUCCUUAGAGGAGAGUGAGGAAGAUGAUUCAGGAGUCACAUCAGAUAUAAGUAGACAUAUUUCUGAGACUGAUACAGGUAGUGAUGCAGAAUGCACAAGUGAAUUAAGGAAAAUGACGAGGUACCAAAGGGCAGCAACACAUUCCAGAUUAUUCAAAUUAUUACAGGAUGAGUGUGGAGUAGAACAAGAGAAUGUUGAUCAUGAGCCUCUAGCGAUGAAAAGAGAAAGACUGACAUUACCUCUUAAUACUCAAAACAUUGGAGAGCAAGAAAGCCUGAGCUCAUCUAGUGGCAUCAACUCUCCACUUUCUCCAACUGCCACUGACAGAUUAGUAAAAGAGUUGGUCCAAAGUUUGCUGAGUAGAAAAAAAGGGCGCCAUUUUAGAAAAUUGCCUUUGGAAAAGCUCCACGCUGCUGCACUUAAGAUUCUCCAAGAAGAUAUGGAUCCAUAUGACACAGGAUCUACUUCUGAUGAUAGCAGCUUUUUCUUAUCGCCUGCCAGUAAUCCUCAAAGUAAUUCCUCUGAGGUCGCUGAACGUAUGCAAGUAGAAAUCCCAAACCCAGAAACAUACGGUGUCAAUUAUUACGACUACUGUAAUUAUUACAACACCUGGGCUAACCCAGAUCGCAAUCGCCAGUCAGGCAAUUUUGAGGAUUAUGAUAUAGUCCCGUCGAAAACGUUCAAAAUUUUACAGGACAACUCACAAAUUGAACCGGUGAACUCACAGACUACAAAAGGAAUUGUAGUUCGUUGUCCUAGAGUUUCAAGUUCCCGAUGUAAUAAUCCUAACCAUUCGCCUGAUAGCACACUAACUCCAAGAGAACCUGAAACAUCUGGUCCUCAAGAAACAUGAAACCCAGAGGGAAACUAAUGAAGGGUUUUCAUCAGUUCUUGACUUGCCCAUAAGGUCACAAUCAUAUUAGGAGAUCGUCUUGAUGAAUCCGAAUACUGAGAUGAACAAGUCAAAUGAUUACAUUUGUAACAACACUUCACUCGAGCUUUACUCACAACGGAAGAAAAGGACCUUUUUCUGUUUUUUAAAAAGCUGACAUCAUAAGAAUUUU